GACACCGACGCUAAUAAUCCCCAGAAUCCAGUGGCGGGCAGCCGGAAGGCUCGGGCCUAGAUCGUGAGGCUGACAGCAAUUGGGCGAGGGACAAAGGAACCUGGGCAAUGUUUCCGACAGCUUCUGCACCAUGGGGGCUCCAAGAGUCCUCGCCACUGAAGACUCUGAUUGCGCGCGCAACAUAUCCAUCGCAGCCUGAACCCAACUAUGCACUCAACCUCGAGGUAGCAGAGUACAUCAACCAAAAGAAGGCUAACACCCCACGAGAUGCGGCGAUAACUGUUGCACAGCUCGUGAACCAUCGCAACCCCCACGUCGCAAUGCUCGCUCUUUCACUCCUCGAUACGCUUGUACAGAACUGUGGAUAUCCUUUCCAUCUGCAGAUUGCGACGAAGGAAUUUCUCAACGAGCUUGUCCGACGGUUCCCGGAACGUCCUCCGCCCUAUCCGGGACCCGUUAUGUCAAAGAUCUUGGAGUUUAUUCAUGGCUGGAAGGAGGGCAUAUGUGUCGAUAGCCGAUUCAAGGAUGACCUUGGCAACAUUCGAGACAUGCACAGGCUGUUGACGUUCAAAGGAUACAGGUUCAGGGAUGCGCCUGGGAGGAAUAACGUAACAGCUGAAGCCACAUCCAAUCUGAAGACGGCUGAAGAGCUCGAAAAUGAAGACCGCGAAGCGCAGCAGGCCAAGCUGCAAGAGCUCAUCCGUCGGGGCACACCGCGAGACCUUGCGCAGGCACAGGAGCUUAUGAAAGCCCUAGCGGGCGCAAAUCCGGAUGCCAAGCCAGACUACCGAACACAAGCUUUGACAGAGCUUAACAAGCUCGAAAGCAAAGUCAUUCUUUUGAACGAAAUGUUGGAUAAUGUAGACUCCCAACGAGGAGAGAAGUUUGCUCAGGGCGAUGUGUAUGACCAAGUAGCGUCGAUUUUGAAGAGUGCACGACCGAAGAUUCAGGGCUGGAUAUCGAAUGCUGAGACCGACGAUCCGGAGUCGUUAGACACCUUCCUACACAUAAAUGACCAGAUCAACACUGUGCUCGACCGCUACGAGGCCUUCAAGCGCGGAGAUUACGCAGCAGCAGCAAAUCCAGUACCCAGAGAGCUCGCUUCCCAGUCUUCGCAGGGAGUUUCCCUCAUCGAUUUCGACGACAGUGCACACCCGUCAAAUACGACGGCUAGCGGCGGCGGCGGCGGCACCGUCAACGAGCUUGCCGAUCUCUUUAGCUCUGGUCCCUCAAAUCCCACGUCACAGCAGCAGCAGCAACAGCCGAUGCCCAUACAACAACAAAUACAGCAGAUUCAGCAAAUACAGCAGCAACAAUCGGCAUACGGUGUGCCGCAGCAACAACAGCAGUACUCAAGUCCAAAUGCCAAUCUCUUCUCACAGCUUGGCAUGGGCGGCAGGUCGGGCGGCACGCACACUCCUUCCUCCAUGUACUCGCCCCAGCCCACGGGUGGUGUCCUCGGUGCACAAGCUCGUCCACCGUUCGCGAGCUCGCUCUCGCAGGGUUUGCCUGUGCAGCGGACAGGAUCUUCGUCAGUAACGGGCACUCCACCUCCCGCGCAGGGAGCACUCCGUCUCGGCUCGCCGUCGCCCAACUACCUCGCGAGUUCGAACACCGGCACGUCUUCCGUAGGCGGUGUGCCCUUAGGCGGCAGCACAAACGGUCUUGGCGGUGCGGCGGGGGGCCCGGGUUCGGGUCUAGGCCUGCAGCCGACUCAGGCACAGCAGCAGCAACAGCAACCACAGCAACCGCAGGUGCAAGGAAAGGAUCCGUUCGCAGAUUUGGUGGGACUGUUCUGAGGAGUCAGUGCUGCAUGAUUAUACGUUAGGCGGGAUUCAUUUGGACCCAUGGAUGUAGAACAUACUUUCUAUUCGUAUGCGUAUCUGGUUGCAGUGC